AUGGUUGCCGCACCGUUAAACGCUCUGUCAACGCAGUCUAUCAACGCCGUCAACGCCGUCAACGCCGAUAUCACCAAAGCCGCAUUCACCGCCUUAUUUGAAGCCUUUACAAUGGACUCAAUGACACUGCCUACCAAGAUGGCUGCGCCCUUCGAUUUAGGGCCAUUCGAGACCGCGGAUGCCGCAAUUGAAGCUAUUCAGGCCCUCGCGAGAGACGAAGGCUACGCUGUAGUCAAAGUCAGAUCCUCCAAUAAGCGUAUGGGUAUUCCUCACCGCUGGGACCUCGCUUGCGCCCGUGGACCUAUCCAUCAUGUGUCUAUUGCAGCAAGGCUCCGCGAGUCAGGCACGAGGAAAGCCGGCUGCCCGUUCAAGGUCAAGAUAGUGCAAAUGACUACACUUGACGACCUGUGGCAUAUAACGGUGAUGUGCCCAGAGCACAACCACGGUCCCGAGGAUCCAAUCGCCUUCCCAGAACACCGCAAACUCACGCAGGCCCAGAUUGACGAAGUUGAGCUCUUAUCUCGCGAUGCUGCCCAAACGGCUCGAACGAUCCAUAUAUCCCUCUCCGUUCGUAACGAGGGUAUUUUGACAACGGAGAAGGAUGUAACCAAUCUUCAGACCCGGCGUCAAAUGCGUGAACUUGGGGCUCGAACGUCAACGCAGGCGUUGGUAGCAAAACUAGACGAUAUACGUAUACCGCACGCCGAGACCUAUAAUGACGAACACCUCGAGAAGAUCGUCUUCCUGCUAGACGAAGGCUUCGAGUUCUGGACCCGGCAUUCGCAUUUAAUGAUGCUCGAUGUGACCUAUAAUACUAAUAGGUUCGGGCUGAAGUUACUCGAGGUAAACGGCAUUACUCUCUCGGGCUCGAUUUUCCCACUUGUGGCCUGUCUCUCGCCAGACGAGAACGGUGGUAUCUUCGAAUGGGCGCUGGGCCAGUGGAAGAUCUGGAUAACGGAAUAUGCUCUCAGCCUCGACCUCAACGACGAUGCCUUCUAUCCGCACGUUGUGAUUACCGACUUCGAUGCAGCGGAGCGUUGGGGUAUCGAUCGUGUGUUUCCGUUGGUCCAAAAGCAGCUCUGUACGUGGCAUAUCGAAAAACAUCAAGAAGGCGGCUCGUGA